GUGGCCCCUUGCAUCAUGCUAUUUCUAUCAAUUCUAUCACGUUUUCCGCUUACGGACGUUAUAUGGCAGUGCCCAUUCCAGUUAAGAGUAUAGUUCAAUGCUGGCCAGUCUCUUAUUCUAGGGUCUCUAGUGCACACCAUUCUACUCCCAUCACAAGAAACGUGUCCCUCUGAAAUCUGAAAGACAAACGGAGUGUGAUUCGCGCAGCAGAAUGGCCACUUUGUUGACGAACUUGACUGUGUCGAGCAUUUUGAAGAAGAGCUUGUUCGACAAUGAACAGCGGAAGAAGAGCAGAAAGGAUUGGCGAAAAGCGAAAGAGCUCGAAGAGGCGAGGAAGGCUGGUACAGCGCCCGCGGUCGUCGACGAGGAAGGUAGAGACAUUAAUCCACAUAUUCCGCAGUACAUCAGCAUGCCACCAUGGUACUUUGGGGCUCAGGGUCCCACCCUGAAACAUCAGAGACCGCAGCUCAAGAAGCAGAAGCAAUACAGCACCAUAGACUCGUGGUACAACCGCGGGGUGGACACCUUGCGAGCGUCUACCAAGUACCGUAAAGGCGCCUGUAAGAAUUGCGGUGCCAUGACUCACAAGCAAAAGGACUGUUUCGAGAGACCGCGCAAGGUCUGCGCAAAGUUUACUAAUUUAAUGAUUGCACCGGAUGAAUUCACACAGCCCAAGUUGUCUAUAGACUACGACGGCAAGAGAAACAGAUGGGCCAGUUACGAUCCUUCCGAGCACCGAGCGAUCGUGGAGGAGUUCCAAAAGAUAGAAGAGGCCAAGAGGCAGAUGCGCGCCGAAAAGCUCAACGCGGAGGAGAAGAACGAUGAGCAAGACUCGGACAAAGAUGAAAAUAAGUAUGUGGACGAGGUGAACAUGCCUGGUACAAAGAUCGACUCUAAGCAACGCAUCACUGUGAGAAAUCUUCGUAUUCGAGAGGACACUGCCAAGUACCUGCGCAAUCUAGAUCCAAAAUCGGCGUACUACGAUCCGAAGACCAGAUCCAUGCGAGACAAUCCUUACGCCUGUACGAAUCGCGAAGUGGACUUCAAGGGCGAGAACUCCGUGCGUUUCUCGGGAGACACGCAGCAGCUUGCUAAUGCGCAAUUGUUCGCCUGGAAUGCGCACGAGAAGGGUGUCAAUGUACAUUUGUUGGCUGAACCAACAAAAUUGGAACUACUGAAACAGAAAUAUGACAAGAAAUGCGACGAAUUGAAGGACAAGGCGCGCGACAGUGUGAUCGAACGUUAUGAUGGUGAGAAGUACUUUAUAGCCCUUAUGAGAAGCAUUUUAUAAUUGUUGGCGCGGACCGAGCACUAUGUCAAGUAUUCGAGAUACGGUAAAAUAACCAUCAAGGGAUAAGACAGAUCAUAAAAAUUACAUUUUAUAUAAAUAAAAUGGAUAUACUGUAUACUUUAUAUAAAUGUAUACUUGACGUACUUUAUAUAAAUAAAAGUAAUUUAAAGGAUUAAA